AUGAAAGGCAUAGAGAAGAAGACCAUCCUGCACUUCUACUUCUAUGACGUUCCUAGUGGAAAAGACCAAACAUCUACUGCAAUUGCUCAGCCUCUAAACAUGACAGAAGCUGUCAACUUCCUUGGCAGCACUUUUAUGGCAGAUGACCUAAUGAGAGAAGGGCCAGAACCAAUUUCGAAGCUUGUAGGAAGAGCACAAGGAAUUUAUGCUUUUGCUUCUUAA